AUGCUGGGGGGUGGCGGGCCAGUGGGGGGCCCCCGUAGGAACGCGGGGGGCCCCCUGACUGUGGCAGAUUUGCUGGAGGGCGCUCAGCGAGCAGCAGCAGCAACAGCAGCAACAGGAGCAGCAGCAACAGCAGCAGCAGCAGCAACACCGACACCGUCCCAGUCGCCGCUGGGGGCCUCACCCACUGCAGCAGCAACAGCAGCAGCAGCAGCAGCAGAUGCAGCAGCUGACGCGCAUAGCCUGGGAUCGUCUCUGGCGAUCCCAGCCCUAGACUCCAUAUGCCCAGGGGGCCCCCUGGGGGGCCCCCUGGGGGGCCCUCCUGGGGGCCCCCUAGGGGGCCCCCCAGGGGCCCCCAAGAGGGGCCCCGUUCGGCGGCUGAUGAUUGAAAAAGUUGUUUUGGAGAACUUCAAAAGUUACAGCCAAAAAAAAGUCAUUGGACCAUUCCACAAGCGUUUCACGGCCAUCGUGGGCCCCAACGGCUCGGGGAAAAGCAAUGUAAUAGACGCAAUGCUUUUUGUCUUUGGGCGCCGCGCGCAGCAAAUAAGGCUGCGGAAUGUGACGGAGCUUAUUCACAACUCUGCUGCUGCUGCUGCUGCUGCUGAAGCAGACGCAGCAGCAACAGACCCAGCGCACCCCGCCAAGCCCAAGAAAAAGGCCGCCGCAGAGCAGCAGCAGCAGCAGCACACAAUCGACAGGGCAAGUGUGUCCGUUUUCUUCCAGGAAAUUAUCGACCCCGUAAGCUCCACACAGCAGCAGCAGCAGCAGCAGCAGCAGCAGCAGCAGCAGCAGCAGCACAUCACUUGUUCGCAACAGCGUGA